AUGACAAAUCCGAAAGAUAUUUUAGCUGACCUUAUUCCAAAAGAGCAAUCCAGAAUAAGGGAAUUUCGCAAAGACCAUGGGUCUACAGAAGUCGGAAAAGUUACUGUUGAUAUGAUGUACGGUGGCAUGCGAGGAAUAAAGGGCUUAGUUACGGAGACUUCUGUUCUGGAUCCUGAAGAGGGCAUCCGCUUUCGUGGUUUUUCUAUCCCUCAAUGUCAGGAAAAGCUACCCAAGGCACCUGGUGGUAAAGAACCACUUCCGGAGGGCCUCUUCUUUCUUCUGCUUACUGGGAAAAUACCUAAUGUUGAGCAGGUUAGGUUUAUUUCACAAGAGUGGGCCCAUCGUGCCGAUUUGCCUCCACAUGUUGUCACUCUCCUCAAUAAUAUUCCUAGCAGUGUCCAUCCAAUGAGUCAGCUAGCAGCAGCCUGUGCGACUCUUAAUUCUGAAUCAAAAUUUGUGUCUGCGUAUAAUAAAGGAGUCAAGAAAUCAGAUUACUGGGAGUAUGUAUAUGAGGACUCAAUGGAUUUGGUGGCUAAACUUCCUUCCGUCGCUGCUAUCAUCUAUCGGAAUUUAUACCGUGACGGAACAUCUGUUGCAGCUAUUGAUUCUUCAACCGAUUGGUCUCACAAUUUUACUAGAAUGCUCGGUUACGAAGACUCUGACUUCACUGAGUUGAUGCGGUUGUAUCUUACUAUUCACAGUGAUCAUGAAGGUGGCAACGUCAGUGCUCACACCUGCCAUCUUGUCGGAAGUGCGCUAUCGGAUCCCUAUCUGAGCUUUUCUGCAGCA